UAAUUUCCCACGCGUUCACCAGGGAAGUACGAAUCUGGCAUUGACAGAUGAAAUCCAAUCGCUCUGUGUGACCCCCAUAGCUCCAUUUCGCUUUCUUAUCAUUAAUGUGUAAUAGAACGGACCUUCCCAACGCACGUGAAACCCAGGUUAGGGCUUGUAUAUGUUUUAUCUCAUCUCUGGAUUCGUGCCUAUUUCACUUGUUUAAUACAUACAUGUGUCCUCCGACCUAGUUUCCAAUGCGUGAAAUAUAGCGGACCUAAUAUGGUUAUCCCCUCGCACGGGCUCCUUUUAUACUCUGAUAUAUUGACAGGCUCGUUUGCUCCUUUUCUCCCCACGGAGAGAGAGCCAUAACAAUGUAGCGCCGCUCUGCGCUGGAGUGGCCGUGCAGUUACCUUAAUUGGCUAUUUCUGCUCUACGGUCCGGAGAAACAGGCUGCGUCGUUACGCGAGGGGAUCUGCUUCAGUUCUGCAGUUAGAGCAGCUCGUUCGGUUGCAGUGUGUGUGGCGUCGGUCCAACACCAGAGAGCUACAGCUAGGGAUAGUUCAUUCUAACAACAGGCAUUUCCUUCCAUCUCUGAGAGCGACAGGGCGGUCCAAGAUGGAGCUAGUCAGCGAUCGCUAACAUAACAGUCAUCAGUGAGCCUAUUUUGCAGUCAUCGGGACCAGGGUGGCAAGUUGUACAAGGCGGUGGAGAGUCGUACCUGGCAACAAAGGGAAGACAGCAACAUAUCUGAAAGUCGAUCGUCUGACAUCCAACCUCCUCAGUGAUACGAUGGACAAAGUACCAGCCGUUCUCGUUGCCGUGAUCACCUUCAUGUGUGCUGAAGCCGCGACAGUGAAGCCCAGCACGCCAACUAUCAUCACCGUGCGGGGAAUGGAGGGCGACUCGGUCACCCUGCCGGCCUACUUCCGCAAGGACUACCGCCUCUUCGCGCUGACGUGGAACAAGCUGUCCGGGGGGAUGUACGGCACCAGGAGGGCUGUCUACAUGUUCUCUCCGGCAACCAACUCAACCAUGUCCUUUGGGCCGCUAGAGAACAGAGCUUUCUUGACCAAGGACCGCUCCCUGACCAUCGUGAACGCAGGGACCAAAGACGAGGGGCUGUACGUUCUGACGAGUCUGCUGGACGUCGUUGGACAGGAAGAGCACUAUGUUCUCCUGGAGAUGCAUGCUCCGCCCCAAGUACAAAUAGGCGUGCCAAGCCCUUUACAGAUUGUCGAGGCUACGUCACUGACCCUGAACUGCACAGUCGACCAACCAGGAGCACUGAUACAGCCGCUCUUCUGGAGGAAAGAUGACGUCAUCGUUGACACAUUCCAUGUAGUGUCUGAACAGGAGAGUAACCAGUCGUACAUGUCUACCCUGUUCCUGGCGUCAGUCAGCAGGGCCCAGUCUGGCAACUACUCGUGUGUGGCCAAACACAUCGGCGGGGAGGAGACAGACAGUGUGUUCCUGGAAGUCACAUAUCCGGCAAAAAUCAUCAACAUCUCUGAGGCCAACGUCGUUCUUCAAGGUGAAGACGUCAUCCUAAGAUGUCUUGCCGAAGGAAACCCCGUUCCAAGUCUGAGCUGGCUAAGAACUGGAGAUCCAGACCCACUAAGAUCCAUCGUGCAGACGGUUUACACCGGCAGCCGGACGCUGAAGAUGGCGCGGUCCCAGGCUAACGGCAGCGGGGAGUACACCUGUGUGGCGGCUAACGGCGUGGGGAAGCCGCACCACGAGUCGGUCCUGGUGUCCCUGUCGGUGGUAAACGCCGUCACCAAGCUGGAGUCAAAAACAGACGUAGGCCUGGGUCUCAUGUCCGGCAGUAAGCUGUACACUAUCCUGGUGAUAGCCGGCAGCGUGGCCGCGGCUAUCUGCCUGCUGGUGGUCCUGCUGCUCCUGGCCUUCCUGCUGUGCAGACGGGGGAAGACGUCGAGUCGGAGGCACUCCGACGUGCAGAUGAACAACAUGGCGACGGCCACGCACAACGGCAGGGUCAACGGGGACAAACCUGACGUGAGACCGCACAGAACGUCCAGCGACAAAGGAACACCUGCAGCGGAGAGAAGAUUCGCCAAAGUGUCCACACCGUACGAGUCUGACCAGUGUGGCUUCCUGACCCUCCAGGUGAACGACAUCGUGGAGGUGCUCAGAACAGACAACUCGGGUUGGUGGUACGGCUACCACAGAGGCAAGCUGGGCGCCUUCCCGGCAGCAUGUGUGGAAAUGCUGACGCUAUCCAAAUCGUCCAGUCAGAAGAAACUCUCUGCAUCAAGCGAGACAAAUUUGAUUUCUGACAAACGGACAGUCACGUCCUGAAGAGCUUGAUAAGAUGUACAUACUUCAGGCAUUCUGCCAGCAGAGACUCAAACACAGCUCAAAGCAUUCUGCGCAUGCCCCAACGAUGGUGCCUUCCUGGAAUCGUGCCUCCGGAGAAACGUACGACAUUUAGACCAGAGCGGACGCCAGGCUGACGUGCCGGGGAGACUGUGGAUACUGGGGACGGCCGCGGCUGCGUGCUUCCGUUAAAGACGGGACCUGAUUAGGUCCAUGAAUGUGGCAAACAGGAUUUUCUGAAGGAUAGAGACCAUCUAUGGCGAUCUCAACACCUGAAAGCCCGCCGUAUUUGAGUGGACAAAGCUUGACUGAUAUGUGUUGGGUCAGAGUAGAAGUACAAUUGGAACCUUGUCGUCCUGGGCCAUACAGAUCUCGAUAGCUACAGGUUCGGAUGAUCCUCGUCACAUUCUGAAGACGGAGGUAGACACCAGGCAACCUUCUUCAUUGGUUAACAGAAAGGACAAUACGUGUGACGUCAUGAGUGAGGGAGGCACAAUUGUGAUGCGUCAUGACAUUGGCAAGCCGUGUGUACUGGAGGUCCAAGUGCUAGCGUCCGUUGCAUUCGUCCGUACAGUAACUAAUUGCUCUUCUGGGAAAGUGAUUAUUCUGGUGUAAGCAGCAGACAUCUUAUUCAGGAACAAAUGCUUGCCCAGUUUGAUACAGUAUUCAAGGUCUACGGAUUCAGGCAUGUAUCAAACCCCUUAUAUGUGCAAG